AUGACUUCACGUUUGUAUGCUGCAGCUUACAGUUCGAGUGAUGACGAAUCUGUCAAUGAAGUCUCAUCCAAAGUUAAUGUCAAGCGAUUCAUGCGUCCCAUCCAAAGUGACAGCGAGGAUGAAAAGCGUGUGGUGCGGAGUGCUAAAGACAAACGGCACGAGGAAAUCCAAAGUGUCCUUAGGAACCUCAAUAAUCACAAAAAAAUAAAAGAUAUGCCUAAGGUGGAGUUGGACUUUGACGAGCUAGUAAAACUCUACGAAAAAGCUCAAAAGAUGAAUGAAAUUGACAUGUAUCCGAAGUUCUAUAUUCGCGUUCUUGCUCAAAUGGAAGACUUUAUUAACGAAUAUUGGGCCCAAAAAAAGUCUCUAAGCAAGGUCGCGGCUAAGUCUCUCACCAUCCUUAAACAAAAAAUUCGGAAAUACAAUAAAGACUUCGAACCCGAAAUUAAAAAAUAUCGGGAAAACCCCGAACUCUAUGAAGAAGAUGAAGAAGAAAUUGAGGAAAGUGCGGAAGACUCGGAAAAGGAAGAGGAACCUAACGCAAAACAAUCUGCAGCGGUGGCACCCAAGGAUUCUGAUGAGUCCUCUGACGAUGAUGAUUAUUUCGGAAGCUCUGUUGAUUCGGAUUCAAGUGUCAGUGGCCCUGACAUCGAUAUGGAACAUCCAUAUACUUACUUUUUGAAAGUGGAAGGUAAACCAAAAAAGGAGGAAACGAAGAAGAAAGUUCCCAAACCAAAGCCUGUGAAACAAACUGUGAAAUCGAGCAGUGAAGACAGUGGUGAUGAAUGGCGUGUAGUUGCUCCUGGAGACGGCUCAGCCCUCGAGCCCACCGUGCAGGCCUUCGAAAAGGGUGUUGAAAUUACCCAGGAACUUGUCAUCAAGAAGGUUAGCGAAAUCAUCGCAAACCGUGGCAAGCGAACUUCGAGUAUUGCUGAGCAAAUCUGUCUUCUCGAUCAAGUCUGCCAAAAAAUUGAGGAACUUCGAUUGGGUGUCGGAAUUCAUGUGAAAGCCAUCUUGUCUUCCAUCACCGUACUCUUCGAUUAUGAAUCCAAGCAUCCUGCAUUCAUGCCUAUUGUCAAAUUCCAGAGAGUUAUUGAACAGUUGAAAAAGCUUUUUGAAAUCUUGGAAAAUAAUCAGAAUGACAUUGAAAUAUCCGAAAACAUUACCGAAGAAACCGAACGUGUCGUGGAACAUCCUUAUCGUAUCCGCGGCUCUAUCCUGAGUUCCGUCGGUAGGCUCGACGACGAAUACUUCAAAAUACUACAAAAUGCCAAUGGUCAUGAAAUGGAAUAUGAUGAACGGCUGCGAGAUGAACCCAGAGUCUGCGAGCUUAUCGAUUUACUAAUCAAUUAUCUCGAGCGGACCAACGCUUCCCCCGAUGCGUUGUGCGUGGCAUAUCUUCGCAAAGUCGAACACCUUUAUUACAAGUUUGAUUUCGAGUGGGGUAAGAAGGUGGAGUCUGAGGGAGUAGAAGCGGCCGGAUUAAACCCUUCCUACCCAGUGGUUGAACGGCUUUGUCAAUACAUUUACAAAAACGACAAGACUGAUCGUCUUCGUACGCGAGCCAUCCUUUGUCAUAUUUACUUCCUUGCCCUCUUCGAUCAUUGGUACAAGGCCCGUGAUCUCAUGCUUAUGUCCAACCUUCAGGCCUCUAUUGACCACGCCGAUCCCUCCACCAUGAUAUUGUUUAAUCGUGCCAUGGUACAAGUGGGCCUGUGCGCAUUCCGUCAGGGCCACAUUCGAGAUGCUCACUCAACCCUCUCCGACUUGACGGGCUCCAGCCGAAUUCGUGAGCUCCUGGCCCAAGGACAGCGGUACGAGCGUACCCCCGAAGAGGAGAAACGUGAAAGGGCUCUCCAGAUGCCCUAUCACAUGCACAUAAACACAGAGCUAAUCGAGACCGUCUAUCUCAUUUCCGCCACUCUCCAAGAGAUGCCUGCACUCGCAGCCUCUCAGGACAAUGAUAUUAGAACCCGUGUCUUCAGCAAGGCCUUUAUGAUGGCUUUAAGGAUCCACGACAGGGCUACGUUAAUUGGUCCGCCUGAGACCCCUAAAGACCACGUAAUCGCUGCCUCAAAAGCCAUGCGACUGGGCAACUGGCGAAGCUGUCUCAAGUUUAUAUUCAACCCAAAAAUGGAUGCUAAGAUUUGGGUCCUCUUUUACAAUGCCAACGGAGUAAAGAAGAUGUUAGAGUCGAAAAUCAAGGAGGAGUGUCUGAGAUGUUACCUCUUCACUUUCUCGUCUGUCCACGAAUCUAUUAGCCUCUCCCGAUUGGCUGAACACUUUGAACUACCGAAAUCACAAAUCUAUUCUAUUAUCAGUAAAAUGAUCAUCAACGAGGAACUCGCUGGCUCCCUAGAAGUUCCAGCCGAUUUCCUAACAAUGCACAGGGGUGAGCGUUCUCGACUACAGAACUUAGCCAUUCAUCUUGCGGACAAGGUGAACAGCAUCGUCGAUAUGAAUGAAAAGCUUAUUGAAAAUCGUGGCGGAAUGAUAUCGGGACCUAAAAGUAAUCCUGGCCACUUUACAUCGCGUAGUAAAUGGAAGGCUGAUGUUCAUUAA